AUGGAGGUAGCAAGAUCAAGCGAAGAAAUUUCAGUCUCUCAACGCAAGUACGUGUUAGAUCUACUACAAGAAACCGGUAUGAGUGGAUGCCGACCAGUCGAAACUCCCAUGGAUCCCAACACUAAAUUAAAACCUCGGACUGAAGAAAAGCCAGUGGAUAAAGGGCAGUAUCAACGCUUGGUAGGAAGACUAAUCUACCUCACUCACACUCGCCCGAACAUAAGCUUUGCCGUAAGCCAUGUUAGUCAAUUCCUAAACAAUCCAUCCAAAGAUCAUAUGGAGGCAGUAACUCGCAUUCUCAUGUACCUUAAAAAGGAUCUAAGAAAGGGAUUAUUAUUCAAGAAGACAGCCAAUCGGCUCUUAGAAAUCUACACAGAUGCAGAUUGGGCAGGAUCUCCAAGUGACCGAAAGUCCACCUCAGGGUAUUGCUCCUACGUCUGGGGAAAUUUGGUCACGUGGCGCAGCAAGAAGCAGCCAGUGGUAGCACAUAGCAGCGCCGAGGCAGAGUUUAGGGCUUUAGCCCAGGGCAUUUGCGAGGGAAUAUGGCUAAAACGACUGCUGGAUAACUCAGAAUUGGCAUCUCAGGACCAAUCCAGAUGA